CACACCUUAGUGCCAUAUAAACUGCACCUUAUAUAUAGAUGUCCGGCACACUCUGGAGUCUGGACCAUCACACCUAAUCUUACUGGCUAAUCCUGCCAUUGAGACAAUGCCAGUCCAGCUCGAGUUAUUGUGAACAACACACUAAAAAGGUGCUGACCUUCAGGAUACUUCUUUUACAGUUAUCAAAAUGCAACAAAGCCUCUAAAGAAUGUCAUGUUAAAAUAAGUCCAGAGAAGAAAACACUAUGUGGUAACUUCACAAAAGUUGAGAGAUCAUUUGUCGUUACCGAUCAUUGUAAACACUCGAACAUGCGUCGAGAUCUCUUUAGUGUUGGCUCAAAGAAGGAGACCAAAGUGCUUAAUCAAAUGCUGGAUGAGUUUGAAGGAGAGAAAGUGUUUCCAUCCGAUAAUCCAACUUAUGAAGACCCACGAGAUGUUAUAGGGGCUCCACUCAAGCCGCCUCGUAAGAGAAACAUGCAGACCGCAGCCCUGUCUCCGCGGCUCAGCAAGGAAGGGAAGUCACUACUGAAGGAACAGAAGCGGAAACUUACCAAGAAGUAUGAGAACCUGAUUACAACUCUCAUGGACCGGUGUGAGGAUAAUGUGUCGCUGCUAACUCAGAAAGAAUCACAGAUAGCGAAGUUAAAGGAGAAACUGAAAGCGGUCCUGGAAUACAACAAGUUAUUUGCCGAUGAGAAUGACAAGCUGAAGGAACAACAUGCCACUAUGCUCAGCUACAUUGAGGAGUGUAAGGGCGUGGUGCGUGAUUCGGAGUCCCGCAAUAAGGAUCUGGAGUUGAGGAACCAGGAGCUCGAACAGCGAGUGAGGACGUUUGAGGAGAUUGAUAGAGACCACGAAGCCACAGCCAUCCCGCUAGUAGAAGUAUGCAUGAGCUGCAACACCAGGCAGCUGCAACUCACUCGACUGAGGGAGACCAACUCGCGGCUACAGGCUGAUAUGCAGGCGCUUAAAGACUUGUUAUAUAGGCUAAACGUCCAACUAGCCAAGUACCAAGAGCGGCUGCGGUCCAGCCCCCACUACUCUGGGGAUACGCUGCAUGGAGAUAGGACAGAGGUGGUGCAUAAACCUGCUGCGGAUGUGUUGGACUCGCUUAUUGCGUCUAGUUUGGGGUAUAAACAAGAUCGUCCCAACUCGGAGGCAUCUAACAAGAGCGCCCAGGACACCCCAAUACAUCAGUCCUCGGGUCGGCUGGUGGAUGUGUCCGGGCUACUCAGUGCACAGGCUAUAGCACCCCUCUUCGACGCGUACCAAGAAAACCUGCAAGAGAAGGAGAACCUAAUACUAGACUACGAAAAGCAAUUCGAAUCCCUCAACAAAAAAUCCAAACAGAUUAUAGACGAAAACAAAACGUUACACGAAAAAGUUACUUCAUUAGAAGAAGAGUUACUCUCUGUCAGUAGAAGAGAGAAGAAGAUAGGAGGAGAGAAAGAGAUGGUAGAGAUUGAGAAGAAAACGUUGACCGAAAGAGCCGAGAAAGCGGAGGCUAAGUUGAAGGAAGUGUAUGAGUUGUAUGAAGAUAAAAUGCAAGCCAUGCUCCGCGACUAUGAAACGGUUCACCGAGAGUACUUCACCACAAAGAACCUUCUCCUAGCGUCGGAGACGAAGAUGUCUCGCCUCGACGCCGCAUUGAGAGAGACCACGGUGCCUGCUGAUUUACACGAGAGAAGAGUCAGGGACUGUCAAUGCCUUCUAGAAGAACUAAAGCACCAAUACCAAAUGGAGCGAGAACGAAAAGACGAGCAGUUGGCCAAACUGCAACAACAGAAGAGCGAGACGGAAGAUAGGUUGAAGAAAGCGAGUGAAGAGUUGGACAAGACGAAGGAAGAGUUGGCCACUGCUUUGAAGAAUGUUCGUCUAUACCGCAAGGCAGCUGUAAUAUUCCGUCAGCGAUUAAAAGCGAGCGCGUCUGUGCGACGGAGCAGAUCCAACAACUCUGCACCCUUGAGGGAAGCACUCAUGAAACUUAGCAGGAUCAAGAGCGAGAUUAAGGCAGUUAAAUCCCGCGCCUACAAAUCUCUAGAAGAGCUAGAGCGUCGUAUAGUCCUACAAGAGUCUAGAGCGGCUCGAGCUGAAGCAGCACACAGGAGGGAGAUAGGCCGCGCCCAAGUGCUGCUGGAGCACAAGGAGAGCAUCAUCAGGAGCCUUAUUGACAAUGUAGCCGAUGUCGAGGAAGUCAGAUUAAGUCAAACGAACACGCAGCGGCUACAAGGCAUCGUCAGCGACACUUCCCCAGAAGACAGACCUCAGAAUACGGAAGAGAAGAGAAGACAGAGUAAACUGACCUUCGCUCAUGGCGGGUACUACCAGGAGACCAGGGGCGAGAGGAGAGGAAGCCACUCUUAGUAGCAAGAGGAAGAUGAGAUAAUACUUCAUUGAUGUCGAUUCUGAAGGCAUAAAUACUAAUUUUACAGCUGUAAAAACCUUAAUUCUUUGUUUAAAAUUGGACUCUAUACUGUAAUCCGUAAAUCUAAUUUUCCCCUGGCAAAAAUGUCAGUUUCAAAUCACUAAAAUUAAAUUGUGUGCAUUUAGAACCAACAUCUUUAUAUUUAUUAUUAAAACAUUGGGUGUUUAUAUUUAUUGUAAUAAAUAGCGUUAGUUUCUAAACUAAAAUGCGACUGCUUCGAACUAAAUGUGAGUUCUUUGGAAUUAUUGUACAAGGGGAUAUUUCUAAAGGUACCAUCUAUUCUAAAGGUCAGUAUAGUUGAAAUAUGCACUGCCACUUUUUGAAAUUCUAUUGUAGUCUUGUCUAGUGAAUCUAAUGAUAGUAACGUACCUAUAAUAUAUUCUAGUAUUGCCUUAUACAUUGUCACCGUCUUAUAUAUAUUAAUAUGAUGAUAUAGGUUAUACGUUAUGCCAGAUAAAUAUAGUACAAAUGUCAAUAAGCUACGAUUGUUCAUGUAUUUCAAGUCUAAAUAGUCAAUUAGUUCCUAUUUUAUUUUACCCUCUAUGCGUAGGUACCUAUUGGUAGUCAUUGUAAUGAGUUUAAAUUUUAUUGGUACGAUUUUGUACGAUUUUAUGUAUAAGUAAAUUAAGUAUUAUUGUAAAUUUACACUUACUUUAUUGAUACUUAACAUUAUAAUGCGUGUAAAUAUUGUAAAUUGUGUUAUAAACGGUUAUUGGCCUCGAUUUAUUAAUGAAAUCGUCGUUGCAAACGAAGGA